AAAAAAAAAAAACCCGAAAAAGCUUUGAAAAUUCGUUCCGGAAAGCAAUGAAGAUCUUCUAAACCCUAGAGAAAAGCCAAACUAUAACGGAAGCUCCCUCGUUCUCUCUUCUUUACUCUCUCACCAGGCUCUGUUUUUCUGUAACUCACGCUCUGAUGUUAUUUAAUCUUACAUUUUCCUCUCUAAAACCCUACAACUCUUCGAUUUCUUAGCCCAAAACCCCAUUUCAAUCCUACACACACACACGCACAGAGAUGGGUUUUUGCAUGAAUCAUUGCGAAAGCUUAUCAUCGAGGUUGGUUUCUUCGCCAUCGACUUGUGUUUCAUCGUCUUCCAAAUCAAGCUUGUUGAAAUCCACAGCCUUGCCCUUGCUAGUCUACUCUAAGAAGACAGGGAAGAAGAGUAAUGCCGCCUCUUUGAAACUCCUGCAGGGGCGACCACUCGCUCACUCUGCCAAAUCCAGCGUCCGUUGUGAGCAUGGCCUGCCUGCGGCCAGCAGCAGCGACUCGGCGAAUGGACCAUUCAGUGGGACGCCAUCGGGGAAGAGAACUGACAUUAAGAAGAUUUUGAUUCUGGGAGCAGGACCUAUUGUAAUCGGCCAAGCCUGCGAAUUCGACUACUCUGGUACCCAAGCAUGCAAGGCUAUUAAAGAAGAGGGAUACGAAGUAGUUCUCAUAAACUCAAACCCUGCAACCAUUAUGACCGAUCCCGAUUUGGCUGACAAGACCUACAUUACUCCGAUGACACCUGAGCUUGUCGAACAGGUUCUUGAGAAGGAAAGGCCCGACGCUCUCUUGCCCACCAUGGGUGGCCAGACUGCUCUUAACCUUGCCGUUGCGUUGGCUGAAAGUGGAGCUCUCAAAAGAUAUGGUGUGGAGCUGAUUGGAGCGAAAUUCGAUGCGAUUAAGAAAGCAGAGGACAGGGAUUUGUUUAAGCAAGCGAUGAAGAACAUUGGAAUCAAAACGCCUCCUUCUGGAAUAGGUAACACACUGGAUGAGUGUUUUGAGAUUGCGAAUUCUAUCGGUGAGUUUCCUUUGAUCAUUCGGCCUGCAUUCACGUUGGGUGGUACCGGAGGUGGAAUUGCUUACACCAGGGAGGAGUUUGAAUCAAUAUGUAAGUCUGGGCUUGCUGCCAGUUUGACAUCUCAGGUUCUGGUGGAGAAGUCUCUGUUGGGAUGGAAGGAAUAUGAGCUUGAGGUUAUGAGAGACUUGGCAGACAAUGUGGUUAUUAUUUGUUCCAUUGAAAACAUUGACUCUAUGGGUGUUCAUACUGGGGACUCGAUCACGGUGGCUCCUGCUCAGACUCUGACGGAUAAGGAGUACCAGCGUCUUAGGGAUUACUCGAUUGCGAUCAUAAGGGAGAUUGGAGUUGAGUGUGGCGGUUCAAAUGUACAAUUUGCGGUUAAUUCGAAAGAUGGGGAGGUAAUGGUGAUUGAGAUGAACCCUAGAGUUUCUAGGUCAUCGGCUCUGGCAUCCAAGGCUACUGGGUUCCCAAUUGCAAAAAUGGCAGCAAAAUUAUCUGUUGGAUACACAUUGGAUCAGAUUCCGAAUGACAUCACCAAGAAGACACCAGCUAGUUUUGAGCCUUCAAUUGAUUAUGUGGUGACAAAGAUACCACGGUUUGCAUUCGAGAAGUUCCCAGGCUCUAAGCCGAUACUGACAACCCAAAUGAAGUCAGUUGGUGAAGCCAUGGCACUGGGAUGCACAUUCCAAGAAUCCUUCCAGAAAGCAGUUAGAUCACUGGAGUUGGGCUACUCUGGCUGGGGUUGUGCACAUAUCAAGGAACUGGACUGGGAUUGGAACAAAUUGAAGUACUGUCUCCGAGUCCCAAACCCAGAUCGCAUUCAUUCAAUUUAUGUGGCAAUGAAAAAAGGGAUGCAGGUUGAUGAGAUUCAUGAGCUGAGCCAUGUGGACAAGUGGUUUCUCAUUCAGCUGAAAGAGCUGGUAGACGUGGAGCAAUUCCUUUUGGCCCGGAACUUGUCUCAACUGACAAAGGAUGAUUUCUACGAAGUGAAGAGGAGAGGCUUCAGCGAUAAGCAGAUUGCUUUUGCUACCAAAUGCACUGAAAAAGAUGUCCGAUCAAAGCGAAUUUCACUUGGGGUAACUCCGGCAUAUAAGCGGGUUGAUACCUGUGCUGCUGAGUUUGAGGCCAACACUCCAUACAUGUAUUCAUCAUAUGAUUAUGAGUGUGAAUCAAGCCCCACGGAAAGGAAGAAGGUGUUGAUUUUGGGUGGAGGACCAAACCGGAUAGGCCAAGGUAUUGAGUUUGACUACUGCUGCUGCCAUACUUCCUUCGCUCUCCAGGAAGCUGGAUAUGAGACGAUCAUGAUGAACUCAAAUCCUGAAACAGUGUCAACAGAUUAUGACACCAGUGAUCGGCUCUACUUUGAACCACUGACUGUUGAGGAUGUUCUGAACAUCAUUGAUUUGGAACGACCUGAUGGUAUCAUUGUGCAGUUUGGCGGUCAGACACCUCUUAAGCUGGCGCUGCCAAUUCAGCACUACUUGGAUGAGCACAAGCUCUUGGCUGCCAGUGGAGCUGGACAGGUUCGAAUAUGGGGGACAUCACCUGACUCCAUUGAUGCAGCUGAGGACAGAGAGAGAUUCAAUGUGAUUCUAAAGGAACUGAAGAUUGAGCAGCCAAAAGGUGGGAUUGCCAAGAGUGAAACUGAUGCUCUGGUCAUAGCUUCAGAAAUAGGCUUCCCUAUUGUUGUAAGGCCGUCAUAUGUGUUGGGUGGCCGCGCAAUGGAGAUUGUGUAUAGUGAUGACAAGCUCCUGACCUACCUAAAGAAUGCAGUUGAGGUGGAUCCUGAGCGUCCUGUCUUGAUUGACAAAUACUUGUCAGAUGCUAUUGAGAUUGAUGUUGACUCGCUCACUGACUCACAUGGGAACGUGGUGAUUGGUGGGAUCAUGGAGCACAUAGAGCAGGCUGGUAUUCAUUCUGGUGACUCAGCCUGUUUGCUUCCUACGAAGACAAUACCCUCUUCUUGCUUGGACACAAUAAGGUUGUGGACGACUAAACUUGCAAAUAGGCUGAAUGUGUGUGGGCUCAUGAACUGCCAGUAUGCAAUCACAGCAUCCGGAGAGGUUUUUUUACUUGAGGCCAACCCACGUGCUUCUCGUACAGUUCCAUUUGUGUCGAAGGCAAUUGGCCACCCCUUGGCCAAGUAUGCUUCACUCGUCAUGUCAGGGAAGUCGCUCCAUGAACUUGGGUUCACAAAGGAGGUGAUUCCAGGCCACGUUUCUGUCAAGGAAGCUGUGCUUCCAUUUGAGAAGUUCCAGGGCUGUGAUGUGCUGCUUGGCCCGGAGAUGCGUAGUACUGGUGAGGUCAUGGGCAUUGACUAUCAUUUUCCGGUUGCAUUUGCCAAGGCUCAGAUUGCUGCAGGGCAGAGGCUGCCAGUCUCUGGCACUGUGUUCCUCAGCCUGAGUGAUUUAACGAAGCCACACCUUGCUAUGCUGGCAAGGGCCUUCUUGGGGCUUGGUUUUGGGAUUGUCUCUACUUCUGGGACAGCACGUGUGCUUGAAUUGGAGGGUAUUCCUGGGGAGCGGCUGCUAAAGAUGCAUGAGGGACGACCACAUGCCGGUGAUAUGAUUGCAAAUGGACAGAUACAGUUGAUGGUGAUCACGAGUUCAGGUGAUGCACCCGAUCAGAAUGAUGGCCAGCAGUUGAGGAGAAUGGCUCUUGCGUACAAGGUUCCAAUCAUUACUACAGUGGCCGGAGCAUUUGCAAGUGUGGAGGCGAUACGGAGUAUGAAGCACAGCACCGUCAAGAUGAUUGCCCUCCAGGACUUCUUUGACGUUCAGGCAAGGCCAGAAAGUCAGCACAACUUGCAGCCUGCUUCUUCUUCUCCUCUUUGAUACAUGCUUUUCAUUGUCUGUAAGCAUUUUUGCAUCCUUUUACUUUCUUUUCAGUUCUUAAAUUUGUCCUUUCGAUGUUCUUAUCCUGGACAAGUGAAUAAUCUAUUUUAUUUAUUCUGUUUUCUUUUUUCUUCUUGUAUUUUUAGUUGAGGAAUAAGUUCUCAGUUUUAUAGUAUGGCUAAUUGUAGUUUGCAAUGUAUAAUAUAAUUAGUUUAAUCUCA